CCGAAGAUCACGGCUGGACGACCUCAUGCAUCCUUCGUCUGGCUACUACUCGCCUCAAUCCCAUUUGUCUCCUGACUUCUAUCCACAAAACAAAAACAACAAAUUUCAGGAAUACAUGCUCUACCAUUGGAAUCUUGCUUAAACGCUCCCCCUCCAAAUGUCGGACCGGCUCUCCCGUCCAUCCAGUCCAUACUUGGAGCCCCCAAGGAAGAGCGUCGAGUUGGAAGACCCCGGUGCUCGGGACUCCGUCGCCAACAGCGACGAUGAGCAUUUCUCUGAUGCCAGCGAAGGUCAUCAGCACCCUUCCUCCCGCCCCUCCGCCGGCCGCGCAUCAUCCCCUAUCCCACUUACACGAGUAGAACGAGUCGAUGAGGAUCCAGCACAUGGCGAAGUCCCCGGAACAUCCGCCUACGAGAUUAGAACUCAAGAUGCGGUUCCUGAUCAGGUCGAAGUCAUCCCUGAUGGGUCCCGCAGUCGGAGCACUUCGAUGUCCGGGCAGCAGCAGCGACCGAUGACGCCCAGUUCGCCCAUUCCCCGGACGGUAGUCGAGAAGGUGGAUCUGGACCAACCGAGUCAUGGGGAUAUACCUGGCACUCCGGCCUACGAGCUGCGCAAAGCGGAUGCGGUACCAGACGUCGUUGUGAAAGCAUCCGAGUCGGAUGCUGCGCCCAUCCCCGAGUCGGUUUCCGUUCCUACCGAUACAGCCGCGCCCGAGACGCUGCUGUCCCGAGUCAACUCGCACACAAACGACGAAGAGUCAUCACCACAAGUGUCAGCAGAUGAUGUAGAAGCACGGCCACACGCUCAUCGGGCCAAACCCAGUGACCCUCAGCCGGAUCAGACGGAAAUGGUCGCGGCGGAGCCCCCAGACUCGCCUGCAAGCCAUCGAAGUCACACCCGCCGGAAAUCCCCAGUGACCGAUGAAGACUUCGGGGAAGAAGAAAUGCCUGGGGGUGGUGCAGACGACUUCGAUGAUUUCACCGAGGGACAAGACGACAUGGGAGACUUCGACGACGCGGACUUCGGGGACUUUGACGACGGCUUCCAGGAGCCGAGUGCAGCGGUUCCUGUCGACACCGAAGUCUCGCAACCUCCCACGCCGCCCUCUGUUCCGACGCUUCUCGACUUCACCACCCACAAAACCAUCCCCGACCUCUACGCAGCGCUAGACGACCCUCUCGAUCAACUCUUCCCCUCCACGACAUCAUUACCAUCCUCACAGCUCGACCCGAUCCCGAACGCUACCGCCAUCUUCAGCACCGAACGCUCUCUCUCCCUCUGGUCCCAACUCGUCGCUCCCCCACCCCUCCAGCCCCAGAACUGGGUUAAAUCGCGCAUCCGCCGCCUCUUCCUCGUCUCGCUAGGCGUCCCCGUCGACCUAGACGAGAUCCUCCCCGCAUCCAAACAAAAGAAGCUCGUCCUCCCCUCCCUCACCAUCUCCUCCAACACCUCCUCAACCGCCACCCCGAAUCCCACCUCCCAAGAUCCCGGCACCGCCACCCCAACCCACGCAACCUCUCACUCUCGCUCCCAGAGCCUCGCCGCCAACGCGAACCGCAAUAGCACCCAAAGCACAGCCGGCGGCACCGGCAGCCCAGGCGGCACGCCCCGCAGCGCCGCCCGCCGACGACGCGAGGCCUCCCCGCCCCCAGACCUAGAUCUCUCCGCCGUCCGCCGCCUCUGCGCCACGACAGACGCGGCACUAGGCGGUCUGACGGACGGGGAACUCAAGGGCCAUGUCCAGGAAUUAGAAUGGGUGACACUGCGAGCGAGCUCGGUGUUAGAGUACUGGUUGAAACGGCUAGACGGGCUAGUAAGUGAGAAGGAGGCAUUCGAAGGCGUGAUUGAGAAUCUAGUCAGCCAUGCAAGGAGAGUGCGCAAGUAGUUCUGGUUCUUUUCGCUCCUUACUCGAACGGAACGGCGCCCGGGGGGUGGGGAACGACCGAUUCGCUGUCCGUUCUUUUAUUUAUAGCUUAUAAUGUCACUACAAGGAGGGGAGCAAAACAGACGGAUUACACUCAAUGGAUAGGGUGCUGCGGACGGGCGGAGGGUAAGGGAAC